GGGCGAGAGCAUGGUUGAAAAAGUGACCUGAGAGUGUCUGCUUCUCCACACUGUCUAUGAACAACAUUUCCAUGAAGAACCUCAAACUCAUCCUCACCCAAGCACAAGCCCAAGCCAAAGAUCCCGACCCCUAUCUGAAGCCCGUGUUCUACGCCUCCCUCCUACAAGACUGCAUCAAAGCCCACUCCUUCGUCCAGGGCACCCUCCUUCACGCCCACGUCCUCAAAUCGGGCCUCCUUGCCGACCGCUUCCUCGCUAACAGUCUCCUCUCCCUAUACUUCAAACUCUCCCCACACUUCUCCCAGGCCCGCACUCUCUUCGAUGGCCUUUCCUUCAAAGAUGUCAUCGCAUGGACCUCCAUUAUCUCCGGCUAUGUCCGGAAAGCCCAGCCCACCCAGGCUCUCUGCCUCUUCCUCCAAAUGCUCCGCCUCGGCCUUUAUCCCAACGCCUUUACCAUUUCCUCCCUCCUCAAAGCCUCCUCCCAGCUCCCAAACCUUCUCCUUGGCAAAGCCCUCCAUGGAAUCGUCGCCACCCGCGGCUUCCACUCCAACUGCGUCGUCGCCUGCUCGCUCAUCGACAUGUACGGGAGGACCAGCGUGGUCGACGACGCGCGCAGGGUGUUCGACGAAUUGCCCCACCCGGACCCGGUCUGCUGGACGGCCUUUAUCUCCACGUUGGCGCGUAAUGACAGGUUUAGGGAGGCCGUGGGGUUGUUUUCCGUUAUGCACGACGGAGGUUUGGGGUUGGAGGUUGAUGGUUUCACCUUCGGAACACUGUUAAACGCGUGUGGGCACUUGGGGUGGCUGAGGAUGGGGAGAGAGGUGCAUGGGAAGGUUGUGACUUUGGGGAUGCGUGGGAAUGUGGUCGUGGAGAGUAGUUUGUUGGAUAUGUAUGGGAAGUGCGGCGAUGUUGGGUGUGCGAGGGCAGUGUUUGAUGGGUUGGAGGGGAGGAAUUGGGUGUCUUGGACUGCUAUGCUUGGAGUUUAUUGUCACAAUGGAGAAUCUGAGAGUGUGCUUGGGCUUGUUAGGGAGUGGGGGGUGGUGGAUGUUUAUAGUUUUGGGACGAUUAUCCGUGCUUGUUCGGCGCUGGCUGCGGUGAGGCAGGGGAAGGAGGUGCAUUGUCAGUACGUGAGGAAGGGUGGGUGGAAGGAUGUGGUGGUGGAGUCUGCUUUGGUUGAUAUGUAUGCGAAAUGUGGGAGUGUGGAUUUUGCAUAUAGGUUGUUUUCGAGGAUGGAGGUGAGGAAUUUGAUCACGUGGAACUCCAUGAUUGGGGGGUUUGCGCAAAAUGGGAGAGGGCAAGAGGGGUUGGAGUUGUUUGAGGAGAUGGUGAAGUAGGGGGUGAGGCCGGAUGGGAUCAGUUUUGUGAAUGUUCUGUUUGCGUGUAGUCAUAAUGGUUUGGUUGAUCAUGGGAGGAGGUAUUUUGAUUUGAUGAAGAGGGAGUAUGGGAUUAGGCCUGGGGUGGUGCAUUACACUUGCAUGAUUGAUCUUCUUGGAAGGGCUGAGUUGAUACAGGAGGCUGAGUGUUUGCUAGAGGCUGCUGAUUGCGGGUAUGAUCAUCAUUCGGUUUGGGCGGUUCUGCUUGGAGCUUGCACUAAGUGUUCGGAUUAUAUCACAGCUGAACGUGUUGCGAAAAAGAUGAUUCAGCUGGACCCUGAAUUCCAUCUGAGUUAUGUUUUGCUUAGUAAUGUUUAUAGAGCAGUUGGCCGGUGGAAUGACGCCCAAGAGAUCAGAAGGUUAAUGGAGGAGCGAGGGGUUAAGAAGAUGCCUGGCACGAGCUGGGUUGAAAGUGAGAAGCAAAAGGGUUCUCCUAGUUUUGAUUUGAGCAUUGUUGGGAGGAGCAUGGGAGAGGCUGCGUGUGUUAGAUAGUUAUAGGCAGGUUGAGUUCUGUCGAUAUAGUUGGUAGACUGAUUUAGCAUAGAAUGAACACUCGGUUUAUUUUUGGUAUCAUGGAAGGUUUGUUCAGAGAUUCUAUGGUGGUGUUGUACAUGAAGAGAUUUCUUUUGUCAUCUUACUUGCAUUGUAUUAGACAGUAAAAAAACUUUCACUUGGUGACUGAAUAGAAUGAAGUCCAAAAGCAGCAUCAAAUGAACACAUCAUUCUUGUCUGGUUGGAGGGAUCGUCAUGAAAAGCCUGCAAACAUCAUCAGCUGCUGCAAUCAAAUGAAUAAAGAGUAACACCUUGAGCUGAUGCAUGCUCAUUUUUGUCAACUGAAUUUAGCGGCCUUCGUCUCGAACCAGUGAGUGAAAUUUUUUAUGGGUGAAAUUAUGGUGUGACUGUCCCUUCUGGCCUGACGACGGCAUGUGCCAGUUGCGGGACUGUAGUGCAUGUGAAUGCCCAGAAAGUGAAUUCCCUGAAUCAUUUAAGA